CCGAAAUCACACCCCUUCGCUUACUGGUGCCAGCAAGCGCCCGACCAACUAGUAGACCCAAUCGUUCUUUUCCCCCACGAUCUUCCUUCGAUAGCCACUCCAUCAACGUCACUCACUUAAACCCCGGACUGAGAAUUUCGAACAAGUUUUCACCUCUGGCCCAAGCAAAAGGAAUAUGCCGUCACCGUUGAAGAAGCAACCUGAGGCUGUCGCCGAUAAAGUCCUCAAGCGAGUGCAAGUUAGCAAGAUUGCCCGAAGGCUACAGGGUCGAUUAGCUCUAGCCCAGUUCAAGACCAAACAUGGUUGGGAGGACUUGACACUCGAUACUAUCGAACCCAAGGUAGAAGAGGAGAUCCGACGCAAGCGUCUGGUUGAGGGUGAUGUCUUUUCCGACUCUUCCUCCAGCACAUCCGAACUGCCGUAUCCUAGUAGCAGAACAACCCUUAUGAGCUCCCCGCUCAAGGCCCCUCUCUUUUCCGAUGCCAUUGGAUCUAGCAAUGGUAGCACCGGUCAUCGCAAGCGUACUUAUAACAUGGCUUCGUUUGAUGUGACUAUGUCUAGUCCGACUAAACGAUUCCGUGCGUCACCAACAAACCACAAAUCCUUCACCUCCGCCCAGACCUCCUGGAGAGGUCAUCGUCAGCUGACCCAGUCUUCCCCUGUCAAGCCACGAAGACAAAAACACUUCACAACCUCCACCGGGCCCAACGUCUCCUUUUUCCAAAGUUCUCACCGUCCCUCGGUAGAUUUCACCACAACGAACUUUGCAGCACCUUCAGAUGAUGACGAUGAUCUCUUACCUGCGCACUCCUUUGCGGUCAACCACCAUGGGUCAUCGCCUCCUCAGACCCCCCCAAUGCGCCACCGGGAACUCAAUCGCCGAACUAAGGAGAAUGGCAUGAUGCACGGGCAAAAAUCGGGCGAAGAGGGCGCAGAUCUUCUACUCUACCUGGCAACGUCUCCUUCGCCGGCCGUGCAUUCGACCAAGACUCGAAUGGACCCCCCAUCUACACCCCCUCAGAAAAGGGAUCUAGCUUUGCCAUCGUCGAUGAUGACCACACCUGGAGGGGGUACUCUCUUCCCCACUACCCCAGGUCAGCCUUUCGACAUCUCAGACUACGUAAACAUUACGCCCAGCCCAGCACAGAAGCCUUGGAAGACACCUCUGUCGCUUAAGACGCCUACAGCGAGGACUCCCAUGAGCGGUGCUAGACGACGAUUGACUUUUGACGAACCUGUCCAUACUCUAUCUUAGGAAGAGGGCAUUGAACAGAUUGAUUCAUGGUGGAAUUGAUUCAUGCUGGUGAAUAUCACGUCAGGACUUUACGGAUGAUAUGCUUUACUUUUUUCUCUUCAUUCACACCCUUUUACAUCUAU